CUUAAGCAAUUGAAAGGUAUUAAAAAUAAAUUCGGAAAACAUCUAUCGGCCAAAUCCAAGAAAAGAAAAUGGAAGAAUUCUGAUGAUGUUGACGAUGCCAUGUUGCAAUAUUUAUGGAAGAAAAAGAGCAUAUUUUUUGAGUUAGACUACUGGAAAGACAAUAUGAUUCGUCAUAAUCUUGACACAAUGCAUAUUGAAAAGAAUAUGUUUGACAAUAUAUUCUGGACAUUACUAAAUGUUGACAGAAAAGGAAAAGACAAUCUGAAUUCUCGUUUGGAUUUACAAGAGAUGAGGAUUCGAAAGGCUUUGCACCCUAAAAAAAGAGCUAAUGGCAAAUACUAUCUACUUCCGGCAUGUUUCACUUUGAGCAAUGUACAAAAAGAUAUGCUCUUACAAGUUUUAAGAGAUGUGCAAGUACCAGAUGGAUAUGCUUCAAUAUCCAUCAAAUUUAUCACAUUGUGUUGAUCUUAAGCAACGCACUGUGCAUGAAUUGAAGAGUCAUGACUGCCAUAUUUUAAUGCAACAACUCCUUCAUAUUGCUUUGCGACGUCUCCUUCCAAUGAAUGUCCUUAAGCCAAUGAUCGAAUUAAGUAAUUCUUUUAGGGGCAUUUGUUCAACAGUUAUGAACAUAGGUGAAUUAGAAAAGCUCCAAGAUCGAGUUGCAAUAACUCUUUGUCAUUUGUAGAGAAUAUUUCCUCCAUUUUUUUUUGAUAUCAUGGAAUAUCUAGUCAUCCAUUUAGCUGAAGAAGCAAAGAUUGGUGGACCUCCAAAAUACCGUUCAAUGUGGGCAUUUGAAAGGUACUUGCUUACUCUUAAAAAUUAUGUGAGGAGUAGAAGCCAUCCAGAAGGUUCAAUUACAGAGGGAUAUUGGAUAGAAGAGUGCAUGACAUUCUGCUCAAGAUAUCUACAUGAUGUGGAGACAAAGUUAAAUCGACCUUUAAGAAAUUAUGGUUUGUAUAAUGAGAUUCCAAAUCAAGAGGGUCGUCAGUCAACUAAAAUUUACGGGUUUACGCUUGAUGACAUUACUCAUGCCCAAGCACACCGAUAUGUUUUAUUUAAUUCUGCUACCAUAACGCCAUACCGCGAUGAGCAUAUAAAAGAAAUCAAGAAGCAAAAUNUUGGAAAGACAAUAUGA